AUGAAGGUGGAGCUAUUCUCUGUGGCGGCCGUCCAGGAGUGCGAUUAUGCUCUGCUGGCUGUUUCGGGGGGGUUCUCGACCGAGUUCUCCCAGCAGAUCACGGCGAAUGGACGGACUUGUGUGAUUGACAAUUCCAGUGCUUUCCGGUACCACGACAGUGUUCCUCUCGUUGUCCCAGAGAUCAAUGCCAGCGCGAUGAAGGGCAAGCUGCUCAUCGCCAACCCCAAUUGCACCACUGCCAUUGCUGCAAUGGCCCUAUGGCCACUGCACCAGCGGUUCAAGUUGCGAAAAGUCAUCAUGUCAACCUAUCAGGCGGCCAGUGGUGCUGGUGCGGAGGGCAUGGCAGAGCUCGAGGAAGGCAUCCGCAGCCACAUCAGAGGAGAGCAGGUAAAGGCCAGCGUCUUCGCGCACCCUCUGCCCUUCAACGUGAUCCCCCACAUCGACGCCUUCCAAGAGAACGGCUACACGAAGGAGGAGAUGAAGGUUGUGUGGGAGACGCAGAAGAUUUUCGGGUCCAAGGAGAUUGCUUGCAGCUGCACCGCUGUGCGCAUCCCGACGCUGCGCGCGCACUCGGAGGCCAUCACCAUAGAGACGGAGUCGGAGAUCACGGUGCAGGCCGCUCGGGAGGCCCUCGGCGGGGCGCCCGGCGUAGAUGUCGUCGACGACCCGGCGGCCAAGAGGUAUCCGAUGCCGGUGACCGCCACGGGGAAGCACAACGUGGAGGUCGGGAGGCUGCGCUCGUCGCUCGUCUUCGAGCCGCGCGGCCUGGACUUCUUCGUCUCCGGGGACCAGCUGCUGCGCGGCGCGGCCCUGAACGCAGUGCUCAUCGCGGAGGCCAAGCAGGCGGAGCGGGACGAGGCCGAGCUGUGA